AUGAGCACCCACCUCACACCUUCGCCGCCGGGAGGUAUAAAACCACCACCCUUCGUACCCACUCCUCUUCCCUCUUCGUCCACUUCGCCCUUAUCCUCCACUUCCUCCUCCUCUCCCGGAGAAAGAUGGGUUCCGGUACUUUCUUGCAAAUGUUAUUUCGGACUAUCCGUAUUCUUAUCAACAUUAAAGACAAUUUCUCUACAUCCCGAAAGGAAUUCAAGUUUGAUUCUACGUGCUGAUACUCUACCGCCCCCACCACCUCAAUCACCAAAUCAGCCAAGUAAUAAUUUGAGAAAUCUUAUCUUGAGUGAUGGAGUGGAAGCAGAAUUAGAAUUGGAAUUGGUAGAUGAGCUGAAAGUGAAAUUAUUACCUCGUCAACCACGAAGAGAUAAUAGUGUAAAUCAAACCAUCUCAUUCUAUAGGACGAAUGAGCAGGGACAUUCGUACCAGACUCUCUCUACUAAAGGAAAAGAGAAGGAGGUUGAAGUAGAUCAAGACAAGGAGAAGAGGGAGAUGGGUUUAGUUAUAAUCCAACCUGAAGUGACAGAUCAAAAUGAUAUACCGUACUAUCAUCCGAAAGUACAAAAGCUAGCAUAUCUUUGGGAAUCUCUACCUCAGGACGUGCACAGCAAGAACGAACGGGGCGAUGAUGAAGAUAAAGAGAUGAUAGGAGAGGGGAACGAGAUGAAGGUUGAAGAACAUGAAGUGAAAGGUAUAAUAUCGAUUCAUUAUUUACCUUUUGAUGGACCUUCAUCCGGACCUGCCCAAGACAAUAUAAUUAACGGUAUAAAUGAUAUGUCGAUAAAUGGUAAUCUGCCGACCUCGCUUCUACCUUCACCUCGUCCGAUCAAACCCCGUAAGAGAUCACCCCUAGCUGGACCUUCUAUCGAUCAAACUCAAUUUGUAGAACCUGUCAGACCUCCGGUGACUAUAUUGACUCAGAAAGCAGACCCGUUGCUCAAGCAGAAGACGAGUACUAUAAGGACGCCCACACCAGAAGGUAAAGAACGACUGUACAGGACUUGCUUGGCUUUGUUGGAAACGUUACAUAAACAUGGGUAUGGACAACUGGUAGGGUAUCAGAAGAGAAGGGUACAUGAUAUAAUCGUACCACGAGAUAAUUUCCAGGAUCUCUAUCUUACAUUGAAAGACCGACAUAGAUCGCUGGAUUCUCGUGCACCGAGAUCAGAUGGACUGGUAACCAAAUUGGAAGAUGUCAAAAGACAUGUUUGGAAGGGUAUAACCUCACCCAAUGAUCCGUCUCUACCGACGACACAGGUUGACUUUUCAGAAUGGGGUGAACAGGACAUCGCUAUUGCCGCUUUCUUGAUGUUACUGUGGAAAGAUAUGUAUCCGCCUAUACCGGAAGGACAUUCAAAUGGCGAUGGGUUAGGGAUACAGGAAGAAAAGAGGGAAUGGGAUACGUGGGGUAGACCUGAAAAUGGUUUUAUAGACCUAGGAUGUGGAAAUGGUUUAUUGGUCCAUAUACUAAUAUCAGAAGGAUACCACGGUAAAGGAUAUGAACUACGUUCGAGACGUACUUGGCCAACUUACCCUAUAAAAACACAAAAAGCUCUAUUGGAAUUACCGAUAGAUCCUCCUUCUUGGUUUCCCGAUACCAUUGAAGAAUGGGAAUCUGGGAUGUGGUCAGGUAAAGAGGGAUGUAUAAUUGAAGAUCAUUCAUUUUUGAUAGGUAAUCAUGCGGAUGAAUUGACUCCAUGGCUUCCUCUCCUAUCUCUCAUACCAUCCACGCCCGUCCCCCAUCUAUCCUUGCCAUGCUGCUUCCAUGCUCUCGAUUCGGCAUUCACCGUACUGCAAUUCACUGCGCCCGAUCAUCCUCAUACACCGAAAGGUGGGUUCGAGAACGGCUUGGAACCCGGCGUGAGCAGGUAUCAGUCGUACCUCGUUUGGCUAGGCUGGGUGGGGUUGAAAUGCGGUUGGGAAUGGGAGAAGGAAGGGUUGAGAGUACCCAGUACGAAAGGUUGGGGGAUCGUUGCACGAAAGAGAUGGAGUACACCUUCUGAAGAUAGAGGAUGUAGAGAGUGGGCGCUGGAGCAGGUCAAUCAGGUUAGAAGGAAUGGUCAGUUCAAGGUCCGUGAGAAGGAGGGUAAAGAACAUUAG